CGGAAGUGGAGUCACGAGGCGCGAGGAUGAGGGUAGCGGACAUAAAAAAGCUCGCGGCGGCGAGGAGGUCCGCCUUCAACGCGAGGUCACCGAUGACGACGCCGACUAAACCCAAGCGCAAGCUGGAUAGCGCACUCGACGACGACGACGACGACGACGACGACGCAUUCUGCAUUCAUGCCAAGAGGCCUCGCACCGUUAAGGACCUGCCGCACGCGCGCGCCUCUCCCGGAGCGGCGGCGAGGAAGUUCGCGUCGAACGCCAGACCGCCGACGACCAGACCCUCGGCGGCUUCGACCCCGACCGCGGUCCCCGAACCCCAGCCUCCGGUCCAGAUGCGAGCGGCGAGAAAAUUCGCAUCCAACGCGGCGAGGAAACCCAGGGCCAAGCCGACGCCGACGCCCAAGAAAUCCGCGCCUCCGACGCCUAAGAAACCCAAGAAAUCCGCGCCUCCGACGCCUAAGAAACCCAAGAAAUCCGCGCCUCCGACGCCUAAGAAACCCACCCGGAAACCCGGGUCGUCGCUCCCCGAGGCGUGGACCGUCUUCGCGCGAAGGACCCCGUCGUUUGGACCUUGCCAACACGGCGUCGAGCCCCAGUGCCACUGCAAGCUGUGCAGCUGCUGCCCGCACGGAAGGUGGCGGUACAACUGCGCCCGGUGUCGCGCGGCGGGGUACUGCGAGCACGACAUCCCGAUCAUCAAGUGCGUUUUGUGCAGCGGAGGCCUCGCGUGCGAGCACGGAAAAAUAAGGGAGACGUGCAAGAAGUGCGUGGGGCACGAGACGUGCCCGCACGGCACCACGCGCUCACGAUGCAGAAAAAACACGUGCAACCUGUGGCCCAAGCCGCUCUGCCCGCACGACCGGCAGGGGUACUUCUGCAGGGACUGCGCCGCCGAGGGAAUCGGUGGCAAGGGGAUCUGCGAGCACGGCAGGGAGCGGCGACGGUGCAAGGAUUGCAAGGGAUGGGGGCUCUGCACGCACGGACGGGUGAUCACCAGGAGAUGCAUGGAAUGCAUCGAGGAGGCGCACAAGCUCAGCAUGAAGACCAAGUCUAACAAUAGCCGCUCCUCCAAGAGCCGAUCGCGCCGAUGAGACAACUAAUCUUCGACGCAUGGCGUCACGCGCGUGACUCGUAUGUAUUAAGAAUAAACGCACUGCAGCCUCCU